AUGCAGGAGUUGGAGCUGAGGGUGACAGAGUCUGACCAACGGGCUGAGAGUGCUGAGAAACAGAUUCAUGUCAUGGAAGAGAAGCUGAAAUAUGCAAACGUACAACCCAGUGAAUCAGAGAACUCAGUGUUCAGAAGGUACCAGGACCUGACCAAUCAGGUGCAGGAGAAAGAUGCAGUGAUAAAGAGAUUAGAGGUGCAGCUGGGAAAACAGAUCUUAGUCAGAGCCCAGGAGGCUAAGAUCAUUGAGGAGAAGGCUGCUAAAAUCAAAGACUGGGUUACGUUUAAGCUACGAGAGAUGGAGAUUGAGAACCAGCAGCUGACAUUGUCCAACCUGAAGCAGGCAGAACAGAUGAUGAUGCUGCAGGACAAACUGCAAGCUCUCCUGGAGAAGCCUUCAUCUCCCCUCCCCCCCACCUCUCCUUCCACAGACACCCACCAGGUACCCUCCAGCCCUCUGUACCCCUCAUGCUGUCCUGGGACCCCACCUGUCCAGGAGGAGACAGGCUGGGGGAGACAGACAGGUCCAGGGGACAGAGCAGAGCAGCCCUGUAAACCCAGAGGAGACAGAGGAGACACAACAGGCCACGGCACUGUGACAGUAACCCUGCCAGACACUCCCUCUCUGGGCAGCAAGGGCAGGGAGGCUGGGGCUGGACCUGCUAGUCCUGUUCCAACCACUGGAGGUCAGGACCAACCACUAGGUAGCGCUACUCCCAGAGAUCACUCCUCGGACGAGCUCAACAGCAGGUUCCGCUCCCAACGUCUCCACUCUUCCUCCUCUUCCUCUUCCUCUUCCUCCUCCUCAUCUUCCUCUGCCUGUGAAACAACCCACGGGGGUCCCAGGACCCCUGAUAUCCCUACCUCCACCUCCACCCCCAAAAACCCUCUCCUCUGCCGCUCUCCAUCUAACUCCCACCCCUUCCAGACCCACGCCCAGCCCCUGGCACUACCCUCCCAUACUGGGACCAGCAUGACCCUACCCAAGGUGCGGACGCCUCUGACCCCACGAGACAGCAUUCAGCUGGUGAAGAAACACUACAGUCAGCCCCAGUCUGGAGGUGUGGACCGGCUGCACCACCUCAACAUCCCCAGUCAGCCCCAGUCUGGAGGUGUGGACCGGCUGCACCACCUCAACAUCCCCAGUCAGCCCCAGUCUGGAGGUGUGGACCGGCUGCACCACCUCAACGUCCCCAGUCAGCCCCAGUCUGGAGGUGUGGACCGGCUGCACCACCUCAACGUCCCCAGUCAGCCCCAGUCUGGAGGUGUGGACCGGCUGCACCACCUCAACGUCCCCAGUCAGCCCCAGUCUGGAGGUGUGGACCGGCUGCACCACCUCAACAUCCCCAGUCAGCCCCAGUCUGGAGGUGUGGACCGGCUGCACCACCUCAACAUCCCCAGUCAGCCCCAGUCUGGAGGUGUGGACCGGCUGCACCACCUCAACGUCCCCAGUCAGCCCCAGUCUGGAGGUGUGGACCGGAUGCACCACCUCAAUGUCCCCAUAGACAUCAUGACUGCUUCCAGCACCCAGAGCCUUGCAUCUCCCUCCACCUGCAGUCACUUCCUGGUGGAGACAGAUAUAGAUGACGGGCUGCCUGACAGUAUGGAGGGGGUGGUAGAGGGGGCAGAGGGUCCUCCCCAGGAAGGAGUGUCGUUUGUUGGGUUGGCUGAGGGUCUGGAACUGCUGGAUCCGGAGGUUCUGAAACCCCCCACCCCGCCUCUGCACCGCUUCCCCUCCUGGGAGAGCCGUAUCUAUGCUGUGGCCAAGUCAGGGAUGACAGUAUCGGAGGCGACCACAGGAGCCAGAGGUCCUGGAAAAGCACAGUACCCUGCCGCAGGACCAUUCACUCACCUGAUUUACAAGAACAUCACUGUACCCGUGUAUACCACGCUGAAAGGGAAAGCCACUCAGAUCAGCAGUGUGCCCCUGCAUGAUGAUGAGUCUGGUUCGGAGGAUGACAGUGGCUCUCUGGCCAGCCUCAGGACCUCCACCCUGGGCCCAGAAAGGAAGGGCAGCACCCCCGGGAGCCCCCGCGCCGUCAAGAGGGGUGUGUCCAUGUCAUCCAUUAGCUCUGAAAGUGACUACGCCAUCCCUCCUGACGCCUACUCCCUGGAAUCUGACUACUCUGAGCCAGAACACAAGGUCCAGAGAACAUCUUCAUACUCCUGCGAGAGCCUGCGAGAGCCUGAGAUGCUGGAGAAGUCAGGCUACCUGCUGAAGAUGGGCAGUCAGGUUAAAGCCUGGAAGAGACGCUGGUUCAUCAUGAGGAACGGAGAGAUCUUCUACUACAAGUCUCCGAGCGAUGUGAUACGGAAGCCUCAGGGUCAGAUGGAGCUGAACUCUUCCUGUCGCAUCGCCCGUGGAGAAGGAGCACAGACCUUCCAGUUGAUAACAGAGAAGAAGACAUUCUUCCUGACGGCUGACUCUCCCAACAUCUUGGAGGAGUGGAUCAGAGUUCUACAGAACAUCUUCAAGGUCCAAGCCAGCAGCCCCGUCGCCAUGGAGACCACCACCGCCAAACCCACCGUGAGGGGCUGGCUCACUAAGGUGAAACAUGGCCACUCUAAGCUGGUAUGGUGCUCUCUGGUCAGCAAGGUCUUCUAUUAUCACAGGAACCAGGAUGACAAGCUCCCCCUAGGCCAGCUGCGGAUGCGUGAGGCGGUGGUGGAGGAGGUGGACAGGUCAUGUGACUCUGACGAGGACUACGAGGCCGGUGGGCGUGGCUUCUUGUCAUCUCACUGUACCCUAAUGGUCCACCCCAGAGAGCAGAGCCCCACCUACCUGCUCAUAGGCACCAAGCAAGAGAAGGACACCUGGCUGUACCACCUGACAGUCGCGGCAGGCAGCAGUGCCAGCUUCAAGGUGGGCACAGAGUACGAGCAGCUGGUCGGGAACCUCCUAGACGUAGAGGGAGAUCCAGACUCUGCGUUGUGGAGGAGUGAGGUUCUAUGUUUCUGUAAAGAUGGCCUGCGCUCCCCUCUCACCACUCUACCAUCUGAAGCUCUGCAGACGGAAGCCCUCAAACUCUUCAAGUCCUGUCAGCUGUUCAUCAACGUACUGGUGGAGUCUCCCUCCAUUGACUACCACAUGUCCCUGGCCCAGAAUGCAUUGCAGGUGUGUCUGACGCACCCAGAGCUCCAGAACGAGAUGUACUGUCAGCUGAUUAAACAGACCAACCGCCGCACACCACACAACUCCUCCCUCACUCAGUGCUGGCAGCUGUUGGCUGUGUGUGUGGCUCUCUUUCUGCCUCAGCAACACUUCCUGUGGUACCUCAGACAGUAUCUGCAGCGUCAUGCAGACAUCAGGAGUGAGGUGGGGAAGUAUGCUGUGUACUGUCAGAGGUCUGUAGAGCGUACCCUGCAGAAUGGAGAGAGAGAGGCAAAACCAUCACGUAUGGAGGUCCUGUCUAUCCUGCUGAGGAACCCUUACCACCACUCACUACCCUUCAGCAUCCCUGUCCACUUUAUGAACAUCACCUACCAGGUGGUAGGCUUCGAUGGCUCCACCACAGUAGAAGAGUUCCUGAGCACCCUGACCCAGAGGGUGGGCAUGAGGAAACCACACUUGUCAGGCUUCGCUCUCUUCACUGACGACCCCUCAGGGAGAGACCUGGAGCACUGCCUGCAGCCCAGCGUCAAAAUCUGUGAUGUCAUCUCCAAGUGGGAACAGGCCCUGAAAGAACUGCAUCCUGGGAAAUACGAGGGCACACGCAUCGUCCGUCUGAUGUACAAGAGCAGGUUGUGUUUCCGGGCCCAGGCUAAAGGAGAGACAGAGCGUGAGCGCCUCCUGCUGACCUACCAGGUGAAUGACGAGGUCCACCAGGGACACUUCCCUGUCAACAAGGAGCUGGCUCUGGAGGUGGCUGCUCUCAUGGCACAGGUGGAGCACGGGGAUCUGGACCGUCCAGCCCCAUCCUCUGCUAGCUGCAGCUCUCCUCAGCCCAAAACCCAACAAAUCCUCCUACAGGCCCUGGGACGCUUCUACCCCAAGCACUACAAACAAGACUGCAGCAUGGACCAGCUCAGAGAUCUAUCGGAGCGUCUGGCCACUAAGUGGUCAGUCCUGCACGGCUGCAGUGCCUCAGAGUGUGUCAGAAUCUACCUGACCGUCGCUAGGAAGUGGCCGUUGUUCGGUGCCAAGCUCUUCCAUGCUAAGCCUUUACCCCCGUCGUCUGUAGAGCAGUCCCAGGUCUGGCUAGCUGUCAAUGAGGAUGGACUGUGUGUGCUUGACUAUACCAUG